AUGAAGGAAACUACUCACAAGGUUGCUGAAAACUCUUCAACAGUCCACGACCGGUUUCGCCCUUCUAAGGGCUCAUCAUAUAGGCGCAGUCCCCGAGUUUCCAUUAACCUUAUGUUUUACUUGAACCCAAAUCGGAGUGUUUUCAAGAGAUACACUCAUUUGAAAAUCAAUUUGAUUUUUACGAGAGACUCAACUCCGGGACAUAGACAGACUAAUGAUAGUGGUCAUACCAGUACGGGGACAGGGAGAGGCAAGCCAAAAGGUCACGUGGUCAUCGAUCAAUCAGGACACAGAAUAACAGAGCAACCAAUGGAACUGCCCGUCGGAACAGUUAGUCAUGAUCGAAGGAAACUACUCACAAGGUUGCUGAAAACUCUUCGACAGCCCACGUCCGGUCUCGUUCUUCUUGGGGCUCAUCAGAUGGAUCGCGUACUAAGCAGAAUGCCCGGAAGUCCACCGGUUGCAAGGCCCCGAGUAAGCUGUUCGCCACAAAGGCCACUCGCAAGCGCGCCGGUGAGUGGUGCUGUGAAGAGGCCUGAUCGACUAAGCUGGAAUGGCUUCCAGCCUCAGGCUAAAACCAGAUUUCGAGAAAUACACUCAUUUGCAAAUCAAUUUGGUUUUCACGAGAGACUCAACGGAAUCUCUCGCAUAUCAUAUUCUACAACUGAAUGUGCUGCACACAGGCCGCCUCAUGAUUCAUUUGGCACAAUAUUCGAGAUAUCUCAGUGUAUUUUCAUAAAAGAAACUACUUACAAGUUUGCUGAAAAUAUAUUGCGAUAUCUCGAAUAUCGUGCUAAUUGA